AUGUCCGAGAAGUUCCCUGAUGUAUUCACUUGGAUACAAAACAUCCCACAGAUCACCAAAUGGCGCACAACUUCUCUUCCCUUUUGCAUUUGCCCUUCAACUUCUGAUUUUCCAAAUUCAACCCUAAAUCUCACAGCACAAAAGAGCCCUAGCCCUAAAGUUGUCACUUUCUCCAUCAUCGUCCAAUCCAAUAAUCAUUCUCCUUUGUAUCUUUGGACCACUAAACAAGAGCUCAGCAUCAACCCAAACUCACCAAACCCUUUCGAUGAACUAACAAUCAUCUCUCUCCUCUUCAAUUUCGUCGAAACUAUCUUAACCUAUACCUCUAAUAGUUCCAACUAUUCAACGAUCAAAAUCCCUAACUCCGAUUCAUCCAAGAUCGGCGGUCUUAAAGACAUAGUCAACACCGUGAUUCUCACUCUCUCGUUCGUUGUUUGCGUCUACGAAGCUCCUCUGUAUCUCCGUGAAAACUGCCUCAAUACCCUCAAGAACCAUUUGAUUACUUGUCAUACACGGCGAGCUACUAUAUCUCUGAUGAAGCUUCUAGGGUCUAAUUUGGAAGAGCAGUGGAUGAGAACAGUGAAUCUAGCGUUUACAAAUUGGAUCAUCGAGCAGCGUCGUAGUCAGUCAACCAAGAUCACAACAACUCCUUUGUUCUCUUACGCUGUUUCGGCUUAUGGAUUGUGGAAAGUGCAAUUGUAUUGUCCCGUUGAAGCCAUGGAAGUAGAGAGAUCGAGCAACCCAACGGCUGAUUCGAGAUUGUUGUUCUCUCUCAAGUUUAAUCAGCUUGAAGGUGUGAUGCAGUUCAAUCACAAAGUUGUAGUUAGAGACAAUUGGAUCGAUGUGAUCGUGAAGAUAGACAACAUCAGAUACGAUGUAAUAAAGCUUGUAAACGAGAAACUGAUGUCGAGAAGAGGAGCAGGGGAGCACGAAAAGCAUUUCCCAUCAAGGAUCUCUCUGCAACUAACUCCUACUCUCCAAACCGAUUUCAUUAGCGUUUCGGUUAGCAAAUCAUCAAACAAUCCGGGAAGAGAGUUUGAAGUCGAGAGAUCUAUUGAAGGCUCGUUCGAUCCACCAAACUCACUAGGCUUAAGAGUUGCUGGACGAGAAGCCUCAACCAUGACAAUGACCCCGUGGAAAUUAGAGCAAUCUGUGCUCGGCUACACAGCUAAUCUAAACUGGAUCUUGUAUGAUAGCAGCGUUGGAGGAAGAGAGGUUUUUUCGACAAAGCCGUCACGGUUUUCAAUAAUGAGCCCAAGGUCUUGGUUUAAGGAUAGGUAUGCAAGAGCGUAUCGGUCAUUUACGAGGAGAGGAGGUGUGAUAUUUGCAGGGGACGAGUAUGGAGAGAGUGUGGUGUGGAAGAUUGGAAAAGGAGCAUUGGGGGGAACAAUGGAGUGGGAGAUUAAAGGGUUUAUUUGGUUGACUUACUGGCCAAAUAAGUACAAGACUUUUUACCAUGAGACUCGUAGAUUGGAGUUUACACAGCUUCUUAAUCUCACCAUUGCUUAACUUUAAACAAAAACAUGUUAUUACUUCUUUGUGAUCUCAACUUUACAUUGGUAAAGGAAGAGACUUCAAUUGUCAGUUAGUUAUUUGGUAAUUUAUCUUUGCAUUAGGUACU